AUGUCGACUACCAUCACUACCACCCCCGUCGACGUCGAGGAUGAGUACACGCUACUGCUGCGCAGUAGACUCGGGGAUGAGCAGACGAUGAACAGAGUGUCGGAGUCUUUUGAGAACGUCUUUCGACAGGAGAACAUCAGGUCGCAGACGCUCAGCGAUAUCCGCCAGCUGCGACAGACCGUCAACGACAUCGACAGGGGUUUUCAGAUGAUAAGAAACGACCUAUGGACCUUCGACCAGCAGGGAUUCCGCGACGAGAACGGCCAGGUCCUCCAACUCGCUCCUCAGUGGACCGCUCAUUACGACCGCUUCAAACAGAUCAUGGAGCAGAGCUAUAGGAACGCAGUGGAUGCUUCAGCAUUCAUGGAACAAUACUGCACGCUCCUGCCAAGCCCGGGCGAGCAUAUCAACGUCAAUGACAUACCGGACAUGAAGAUGGAGCUGGAGUUGUUCAUGCUGGAGCUCAAAGCGAAGGAGGAAGUCGCGUACGGAACACAGAGCAGCUUCAAGACGCUCGCAGAGGAAGUUCGUCUCUUUGCCUGCAUUCUAGAGAACUCUGUACAAAGGGCCGGCGUGCAACUCACGCGCGAGCUCAACGAAACUCGAGCCCGCCUAUCCGAUCUUCAACGGCGUCUCCAAGAGUAUAUCCGGCGACGGGGAUCUGUCUGCGCUGAUGCUGUUAGCUUGGGUGCAGGCUAUGCCUUCGAUGCCCUCACAUAUCUGUGUCCUGCCUUUGCCAUUCUCUCCUUGGUAUCUCUAGAGAAGGAGAUCAACCAGUGCAGGCAUGAUCUGAACGUCCUGGAAGGGAAACAGCCACUCCUCAAGAAGUACCAGCAACUGCUCGACGCCACCAAGGACGAGAUCGGCACCUUGGCGAACAAAAUCGACGUCAUUGCGAACAUAUGGCAAUAUCUCAAGAGUGACAUGCAAUCACUCCAUGAGAAACUGCGGCUAGCCCUCACAACCGGGACCAAACCGCGUUCGCUCGGGAAGAAGCUGCAGAUCGCGCGCGAAGUGUACUUGCGCCUCGCUGAGCUCCUCGAGGAGUAUGCGAAGGGACGUCCCUAG